UUUUCUUCAUCUUCUUUGAGAAAAUCGGUCGAUAUAAAAAAAACAACGGGAAAUAACACCUUUUCACAACAAUUGUGUGUUAGUGUGUGUGUGUUAGCGUGCCUACAAAGAUUUUGUUUUUAUUUAUUUUCGAAAGAAAAAAAAAUCAAAUAACCAAAACAAAAACAAAAACAAAAAUGACGAUUUUUCGUCGAUUUUGGCUUCGCAGAAGCUUAACACGUUUAUUAAUAUUUCUUUGCAUCACCUGGGUAUUAUUUGUGUUAAUGUAUUCAUAUCAUGGUCAUACAAAUUCACAAACAUACGGCAAUUCAUAUGAAGAUAUAUCAUCAUCAAAUAUAAAUAAUAUACAACAACAACAAGAUGUUGCAUCAGCUAUUGCAAAUAGAUUAAGAUCAUCUAGGCAACAAGAUGAUGAAGAUUCAUCGGAUGAUGAUACGAAUCGAAUUGAUUCACAUAAUCAUAUAAUCGAAAUUAAAGAUAAUCCAAUUAAAAAUAUUGGUAAACAUAAAUAUCAUAAAAAGCCAAAUAAAAAUGAUGAUGUGCCAAACUUAGAAGCUGUGAUACCACUUCCUUUUAAUAGUAGUUCCAAUGGUUUUGGCGAAAAUGGCCGUCCAAUUAUAAUACCAAAAAAUGUUAGUAGAGAAAUUCAAAAAUUGAUUGAUAUUGGCUGGAAAGAUAAUGCAUUCAAUCAAUAUGCCAGUGAUCUCAUGUCGUUACAUCGUUCACUGCCAGAUGUUCGUGAUCCAAGAUGCAAAUCGGUUGGAUAUGAAAAAAAAUUGCCUCCGACAAGUGUCAUAAUUUGUUUUCACAAUGAAGCCUGGUCAGUAUUACUUCGAACUGUUUAUUCCGUAUUGGAUAGAUCUCCUCCUGAACUAAUCAAAGAAAUUAUUUUGGUCGAUGACUUUUCCGACAAAGAAUUUCUUGGCAAAAAACUUGAUGAUUAUGUUCAAAAGUUGAAAAAAGUUAAAGUAGUAAGAGCUAAAAAACGAGAAGGAUUGAUUAGAGCAAGAUUGCUUGGAGCAGCUGCCGCUACGGCACCGGUUUUAACAUAUCUUGAUUCACAUUGUGAAUGUGCUGAAGGAUGGCUUGAACCAUUACUUGAUCGUAUUGCAAAAAGUUCUACUGCCGUUGUUUGUCCAGUUAUUGAUGUAAUUAAUGAUUCUACAUUUGAAUAUCAUUAUAAUCCUGAUGCAAGUGCUUUAAAUGUCGGUGGAUUCGAUUGGAAUCUACAAUUUAAUUGGCAUGCCGUGCCCUUUCGUGAACGCAAACGUCAUAAAAGUCCUGUCGAACCAGUUUAUUCACCAACAAUGGCUGGUGGUCUUUUUUCAAUUGAUAAAAAUUUUUUCGAAAAGCUUGGCACUUAUGAUAAUGGUUUUGAUAUAUGGGGUGGUGAAAAUCUAGAAAUAUCAUUCAAAACUUGGAUGUGUGGCGGUACAUUGGAAAUUGUUCCAUGUUCACAUGUUGGCCAUGUUUUUCGUUCCCGUUCACCAUAUAAAUGGAGAUCUGGAGUGAAUGUUUUGAAAAGAAAUUCGAUUCGAUUGGCUGAAGUUUGGAUGGAUGAUUACAAAAAAUACUAUUACGAUCGAAUCGGUAAUGAUUUGGGAGAUUAUGGCGAUGUAUCAUCAAGAAAGGCUUUACGAGAAAAACUUCAGUGCAAAAGUUUUGAUUGGUAUAUCAAGAAUAUCUAUCCAGAGCUUUUUGUGCCUGGCGAUGCUAUCGCUUCAGGAGAAAUUCGUAAUCACGGCAAUUCUGAAUACCAGAUGUGUAUCGAUAGUGCUGCAAAACGAUCCGAUUUACACAAACCAUUGGGCCUUUAUCCAUGUCAUAAACAAGGAGGCAAUCAAUAUUGGCUUUAUAGUAAAAUUGGUGAAAUUCGUCGUGAUGAAGCGUGUAUGGAUUAUGCCGGACGUGAUGUCAUUUUAUAUCCUUGUCAUGGUUCCAAAGGAAAUCAGUAUUGGUCUUAUAAUCAUGAGCUAAAACAAAUAAAACACGUUAUCACUAGCAGAUGUUUAGAAAUGACAGCAACAAAAGAUCGUCUUAUUGUACAAUAUUGUGAUCCAACAAAUAAAUUUCAACAAUGGACAUUUUCUGAUUAUAAUUCUUCAAAAAUGGAAAAUAUGCAGGAUGCUGAUGAUGUUGAAGAAUAAUAAAUAAAUUUAAUAAUGAUUUAAACAAAUCAACCGUCACUAUAAACAACAACAACAACAACGA